AAGCCCUUUUAAGCUCAAAAAGAUCCGAUUCCUCUUUUUCAGGCAUGCGUUGAGAAGAACUGAUGCCUCCUGAGGGCGACGAUGUCAGGACGCCCCGCUGCCCCGUGAUGACGCCGUCCACGGUGACGGCCGACAACCCUUACCCGCAGGUUUGGGGCCCUCCAGCGACCCUGGCCACACGCUCAGACAAUCUGGUUUGUGCGAUGGUGGGUCUUCCUGCAAGAGGAAAGACUUACAUCGCACGAAAGCUUAGCCAGUAUAUCAGUUUCUUCUAUGGCAGCCCCUGCAAAGUCUUCAACGUCGGCGAAUAUGUCCUGAGACUGGUGGAUGGGAAGUUUCAGCGAGCAAACUUCUUCGAUGAAAACAACUUGGAGGCCAAAGCCUUACGAAGAAAAGCCUCCGAAAACGCGGUUCAGGACCUCUGUGAAUGGAUGUCCGGCCGGAAAGCCACCAAGCGGAAGUACCCCUCGGAGACAGAUGGUGACAAAUGCGAAGGCAGCAGCUACAUCUCUGGGGAGUUCGGCGCCGUGGCGAUCUACGACGCGAGCAACGCGACCCAGGACCGGCGAAGUUGGCUUCUGGAACGCUUAAAACCCUUGGGCGCCAAGGUGGUGUUCUUGGAGGUGAUCUGCAGCGAAGACGACUUGUUGGCCGAGAACAUGGCCUCCACCCACCGGUGUUUGCAGGUGCAGGAGGUCCUUUCAGCCGAGGAGGCCGCGGCAGACUUCCGCGAGCGGAUCGGCUACUACCAGCAGGUCUACGAGCCGCUGUCUGAGAAGGAAGCGAGUUGGAUCAAAUUCGUGGAUGGUGGUAAGGAGAUCUCCUUGCACAACCUCCGAGGCUUUUUAGCCUCUCGUUUUGCUCAGUUUUUAUUGAAUUUGCAUGGCCAACGACGGCCGAUCUUCUUCUCUCGGCAUGGACAGUCCGAGUACAACCAGCUGGGAAAGAUAGGUGGGGACUCUGUGCUAACCGCGCAUGGGGAAGAGUAUGCGACUGCACUGGCGGAGUGGGUCGACAAGGAGGUGAAGUUGGACUCGGAGGGGAAGCCGCGGCCGGCGCGCCUCUGGACCAGCUCCCUGAAGCGCACGAGGCUGACGGCCCGGCACAUCCGACACGACUCCAUUUGCUUGCCGAAUGGCACGGAGUGGGUUCAGAUGCGCCCGAAGAUGCACCGGAACCUCGACGAGAUCUACGCAGGUUUAUGCGAUGGCAUGACCUACGAGGAGAUUGAGCGGCAGUACCCAGAGGAGGCUGCGGCACGGAAAGGAGACAAGUUCGAAUAUCGCUACCCUCGUGGGGAGAGCUACACCGAUCUCAUCUCCAGACUCGAACCGAUGGCCCACGAGUUGGAGCGAACACGAGAGACCUUGUUGGUGGUGGCACAUCAGGCAAUCCUGAGAGUGCUCUACACCUACUUCAUGGGCAAACCCAGAGAGGCUUGUCCCGAUGUGUCUAUCCCGCUGAACACGGUCAUCAAGUUGACUCCCACCGUGGAAGGUUGCCUGGAGGAGCGGUUCACUCUGUUGCCCAAUCUGCAGGGCAAGGAGAAGGACCCGGCCAGCCAUUAAGCUCUGACAGGCGUGGGCCUGGAGCGAAUGGCGGUGGUUGACCAUGUCGCCCUGGUGGGGUGAACGGCGACGGGAAACGCUGCGGCCUUUUAGAGCGGAGAGCUGCAAGCUUCACGACUGCUAGAGCUUUAAGAGCUGG